CGGCCCGGAAGUGCUUACUUUGAAAGAUGGCAGCCGUGUCGAUGUAUGAGCCUCCGGUUGGAGGUUUUUCUUUUGCUAAUUGCCGCAGGAAUGCUGUCUUGGAAGCCGAGUUUGAAAAGAAAGGAUACAAACUUCCAGCAGCCCGGAAAACUGGCACGACCAUUGCGGGGGUGGUAUAUAAGGAUGGCAUAGUUCUUGGAGCAGAUACAAGGGCAACUGAGGGGAUGGUUGUUGCUGACAAGAACUGUUCAAAAAUACACUUCAUAUCUCCUAACAUUUAUUGUUGUGGUGCUGGAACAGCCGCAGACACAGAGAUGACAACCCAGCUUAUUUCUUCCAACUUGGAGCUCCAUUCCCUCUCUACUGGCCGCCUGCCCAGAGUUGUGACAGCCAAUCGGAUGCUGAAGCAGAUGCUUUUCAGGUAUCAAGGUUACAUUGGUGCAGCCCUAGUUUUAGGGGGCGUAGAUGUUACUGGACCUCAUCUCUACAGCAUCUAUCCUCAUGGAUCAACUGAUAAGUUGCCUUAUGUCACCAUGGGUUCUGGUUCCUUGGCAGCAAUGGCUGUGUUUGAAGAUAAGUUUAGGCCAGAUAUGGAGGAGGAGGAAGCCAAGAAGCUGGUAAGUGAAGCCAUUGCAGCUGGUAUCUUCAAUGACUUGGGGUCUGGAAGCAACAUUGAUCUCUGUGUCAUCAGCAAGAGCAAGCUGGAUUUUCUCCGCCCAUACGCAGUGCCCAACAAGAAGGGGACCAGGUUUGGCCGAUACAGUUGUGAGAAAGGGACCACUGCAGUCCUCACUGAAAAAGUCACUACCCUGGAAAUUGAGGUGGUGGAAGAAACAGUCCAAACAAUGGACACUUCCUGAAUGGUCAGUGGCCAGUGGUUACUGCUAUAGAAGAGUGGGGUAUUGGAGGUCCCCUCUGUAAGACAUUCAUUCAGCCAGUGCUUGGUGAGUGAAACUCAAUAAAAAAUGAAAACCAAA